UUGGUAGGGAGAGACAGAAGAGGGAAGGUGUUCUAUCGAAACAGAGAUAGAGGUAAAAGGAAAGAAGAAGAAGAAGAAAGGAGAGCCGAGUAUUACGUAAAUUUCUCGCUUAUUCGAAAUGAUCAAGUUCGACACGCUUUAACCCUUUACAAUCCGCAAAUCUGUCCUCUUAGAUCAUCAACAAUACAAUUUGACCCUCGUUGGAUCAUUUUUAAUCCUGAAGUUACAGACUAUUAUAUUGAAUUUCAAGAAUACAAUUAUUCUUUUAUACUAAUUAUUGAAUUACACUUUCUUGUAAGAUUUAAUAAAAUAAAAAAUGGAAUGCACCCUUGAAAUUUAAGUAAGCAAAGAUAAAUGAAGAAUGUUGAGUCACUAUAGAGUUGGGCUGUAAAGGGUUAAAGCACUUGGCAGCAUCGACGCUUCCUGGUGUAUGGAGAGUGGAGGUCGCCGAGAUUCGUCCACGAUGGAGCCAGUGCACGAGGAAACGAUCAGGGACGGUGCGUUUUCGCGAUAGCAUAGCGCCUUGUCUCCCAACGCGCACCUUGACACAUAUAGAAAUUACGAAAUCGUCCGAGAACGACGUUCGAAUGGGGGCAAGCUCUCAUGAAAUGCCGAUCUAGACAUAUCGCAUAAUUAGAACGGGUCUAAUUCGUCCGAGCGCGGCACCACGUGGAUGCUGGCAAACUUGUUGCACCAUCUGCUGAAUGAAUCUUGAAUACGAAGCUCAAACGCUGUGACAAAGAGAUACUUUCAUGCUGGACAUUCCUGAAGAAUGAAAUUAAAUUUGAAGAGAAGAUACUGUUAUUUCCAAUGAAUAUUCCAAUAGAAUAAUUUAAGUCUAUGAAUUAUAAUUAGAAUUGAUGUUAAUUUAUAGAAGAAUGCUACUUGCACCAUCUGUUGAAUGAAUCCUGAAGACGAAGCUCAAACACUGACAAAAACAUACUUUAAUAUUUAUGUUGGACAUUCCUGAAGACUGAAUUUGAAGAGAUAAAACUGUUAUUUGCAAUGAAUAAUCCAAUAGAAUAAUGUACGUCUAUGAAUUAUAAUUAGAAUUGAUUACUACUUUUAAUCUACUACUUUUAAUAAAAUCUGACCCUAAAGAUGACCCUUAUCAAAGACCAAAACAUUGAUCAAUAAUAAAUCUGUAAUAUCCAAGACCAAUCAAGCAGUCUCUCGGAAGAUUGUUACCGAUUAUAAAUUCUAGAUAUUGAAAAAGCUCGAGAAUUGUGGCGUGCUAUUUGUCGCGUCUUUUUGUCUUCAAGUUCGAUGAUAUCGAGGUCUCCUUUGGGUGUCACGGAUCCUCCACAAAUUCGAGUAUCGGUAUAAAUACGCGUCGCGUAGAAAAUAGCGACGUAGUUCGCGGGACGCUUCGCCCACGAGCACCCACGUUUCGAGCGCGGAAACGCGAGAGAAUUUGCUGGCACCAAGGAUUCGUUUCUUUCCGGCCUCGUAUAUCACGGAACUUCUCGAGAAGCAGUGAUUCAAAGCGGUUCGAUUCGCGUGGAAUUCCAUUACAAAAAUAACAACGAGAAACACCUUGAAGAUAUUCAAGGCUGUCGAUAACAAUCGUAUAAUUCUCUUCAGCAAGAAGAUGGAAACGAACGUGCAUCAACCGAAGAGUCUCUUUUCCAAAGAAAAAAAAAACUUUCCUCUUCCACUCGGAGCGUUUUAUCUCAGAUGAUAGAAGAAGAAUCGCAAUUUAAGAGAACUCUUUCGUCAGACGGGGCUUACAUGACGAAGGGACGCGAAGAAGAGAAGGAGAGAACGCGUAUCUAUCGUCCGCUCGAGUCUGCCAAAUAUAACCGAGAAGCGUGAAACGCGUGCACCACGAUUGCCUCGUAAGCCGAGAGAGCGGAUCGUCGUGGUUGGGCGGCAUGUUUAAAUGUUAAGGCCUAAGAGCGAAGGGGUUUCUCGGAUAAAUCGACGACUGAGCUCGCGGAGACUGGUCGCAUGCAUUCGAAGGGGGUGCGUUCCCUCUGGCAGUGAAAAGGAUCGAUUCGGUUUCCCUGGUAACGACACCGUCAGAGAGGUCAGAACCACGGAUGGUGGUGGACGAGUACGAAAGCGAUGCAGUAACGACACCGUCGUCGCCGACGUCACAGCUGAGAUAUCUGCUCCGGAAGCUACCGUUUUGUCCCGCGUGCGCUUCGAACAUUCCUUACGGCCAUUCAGACUGCACGACGUCGUUUCGAAACGGGAAGCAUCAUGCGGAGGUAUCAGACCCUCCGCCCCAAUGCAGCGAUAACGUGGACUCGUUCGAUCAGCGAAACUCCGAGCAAGGAAGGAUGCAGGCUCAGGAGACGCCGAAGAUUCGACUGUUGCGACGAUGGAGCGACAUGCCACAGCACCUUCAGUUCAACCCUCACAUCCGGUCCGGGUACAGACCGCUCAUGACCGUUCGCCAAUGCCUUGGGAGUCUGUUCUACAUCCACAAUGAGACGAUUAAUAUCAUAACACAUGGAUUUGCGAUCUUGUACAUGCUACUGACGAUACCGCAACUUCUUCCAUGGAGUACCCAAAGUAUCUUCCUAGGAAUCUUAUCUUGGUGCCACUUGAUCGGUGCCGUUAGUCCGUGGGUUGGUUCCUUCAUUUAUCACCUCUUCAUGAAUUUGAAUUACGACGCUAUCUUCUACAGAACGUUAUUGAAGUUAGAUAUGAUUGGCAUAUGGUUGUGCCAAAGUUUUGGAGCUAUACCCAUGAUGGCCGCGACAGUUCACUGUUUACCCAAUGGCUACUGGUACUGCUGUAUGUUCAUCUACUGCUUCCUUAAUAUUUGGGGGCUUCUGAAGGCGAUGAUCGCGCGGUCUCCCUGGGAGAGAAGAUUAUGCUUUGCACCUCCUUUCCUCAUGAGGAUGUUGAUAAUGACCCUACGGUGUUUCGAUAUCGGUGGCGGGUCUCCAGAUGCUUUACUUCAUAUUGUAUUACAGGAUCUCAUAGCCGUGGUGGGAGCAAUUAUUGGAGCCAUGCGUAUUCCUGAAAAAUGGAUUCCAGGCAAAUUAGAUCUGGCGUUGAAUUCUCAUAAUUUGAUGCACGUGCUGGUCGUUCUGGCUGUGUGCUCGAUGCAUGCAGCGACUUUGCAAGAUCUUGCUUGGAUAUCUGACCCGUCUACGUGCAACGGAACGAGCCUCGUCGAGUUGAAGCACGAUGAACUGUGAUUGAAUAUUGUUCUUUGAAGUCUGUGAUAAAUCGAGCCUACGAGAACUGACGUUUAUUUAUGUAGAUACAUUUCACAAUUGACCAGAUAAAUCUUCUUUAAGAGCAGCUGUACAGAAAUGAAAGAAACGUAUACUAAAAUUUCAUAUGAUAAGGAAAAGAAGUAUCUUUAAACAGUUCGAGUACAAUUGUUAGUACAAAAAUGAUUUUAUCGUAUCCAAUAAUUAAAAAUGAUUGGAUGAACCAAUGUGUAUUUUAAGCAUCGUUUGAAUUCAAUCGUAGAAGGAUAAAUUGAUUGAAACGAAAUAAGCACAUCAAAAAUACGUUUAUUGUGAUUAUUAUAAGAAUUUAAUACCCACAGCAAAGUACAAGACAUGUUCCCGAGCAUUCGUACCUUUGACUCAUAAUGUCAAUGCUAUUCGCCAUUUUUAACAAAUAAAACUUUUCCAAAAUAUUAGAAUUGAUUAAUUCCAUAAACAGUGGUACAUAAAUGGCCCAUUUACAUUUAAAAAUUAUAGGCAUAGACCGGCUUCUUCAAUAAGUUUCAUAAUUCAGAAAAUAAAGAAUAUAUAUAUAUCGAGGUAAUAUAUCUUAAUUUUCGUUUCUUCCAUAUACUUUGACUGAAUGUAUACGUUUCCAAGUAAGGUUCUAUGCAAAACUGAGCCGCAAGAAAUAUAAUGUAACAAAUAUAUUUUAACCUAAAUAAAAAUAAUUGAUAGAUAACACCUGUAAGGUGAAUAUAUUUUUGGUGUAAUGUUUAGCGUAUAUGUUCUUGCGGUUCCGAAACGGCUUACUCUAGGUAGCAUAUAGUUUCAUCAAAAUCAUGAAUAAAUCUGUUAUACUGUAAUGAUCGAUCUCUAAAUUUCUGUUAAACAAAUGGUAAAUAAUAAAUCUAAAUAAAAAACAAAAACAAGUCCUGAAAUAUAAGCACCUAUUUUGAAAGCACAUAAGGCACUAUUCCAGUGCAUGAUAUAACGAUUUCAUUAAAUCUAUAAAUUACUCGUUUAUAUCAUCUACGUAAAAAUUAAUGUAGUUGAUAGAAUUUAAGAGAAAACUGUAACGUGAAAGCUGUAUGAUAGGUUAAUAAAAGAAAGUAAUUAGUAUCCAUUA